CUCUUGCCUUUUUUCCACACUAGUUAUAUGAUCAUCCUUGCAUAAAACUUGCGUAAUUUGUUGUUGCCUCUUCGCCCGCAGCGGGUGUAUAUCUAGUGGACCAUCUAGCGAAACCCAAGUCGGCUCGGUUGUAUAUUUUGUAAUGUGUGGAAAAAUGAAAACGGAGCGAUAGAGAAAUGGGAGCAAGAAACUAGCGAGACAUAAUUGAGGUGCAGCGAUGAAGGAUCUUACUCUUGAAAUACUUGAGGAACUUGCAGCGCAUAUUUUCUCCGAUCGCUCGUUAUUUUUCGGGCCAUCAGUGAUGUUUGAUAGUUAGUCAUUUGAAGGUUGUGUGGCUUUAUUCUGCCUGUUCUACUCGCGAUGUGAAAAUGUUUUUUUCCCCUCCUCUCUCCAGCCGUUGAGCGCACAGGGACACCAUUUUCAGGACAGAGAAUCUGUGGUUUUAUCGAGCGUUUAUUGUGAUGGGCGAAUGUGUAGUUUCAAUGUCAAAUAUUGACCGAAUAGCGUUGUAGGCGAACAUAUUCAACGGGGAGGAUGUCUGAGCUGUCGGAGGAGCUAAACGACAGGCGAUCGCUUUGCGCACAUUUUCGCCUGCAGCCAUCUAAAUACCACGACUAAGCAUCGAGAAGGCAUGCCUCUUUAAAUCAAUGCUUAAGCCCUUUGCAGGUUUUAUGCAAACAAAUGCUGGAUUUAACAAACAGCCAAUUAAAGUCUAAAAUGAUCCAAAUCACUUUCAAGUGUAGCCAACUGUUUCAAGGAAGAAUCUAAGUAAAGGUGGUCUGGUCUUAUGCGCUCUGCAAUGACAUUCAUUUUACGUGACAUUGUAAUUAUUAUAUUUCCCACUUCGGUCUAAUCCGACUCAUAAACCCACUCUACAAAAGCCCGUUUUAUGUCAGACAUGUGAUAAUCAAAUAGCAUAAGUGAUCGUGGUGUAUUAUAUCACUUUAUUACACCAGGCACCUUAAGAGGCGGGUCAAGCGAGUAAAGUGACAGAUCACUCAGCCAGUGCCGUGCCAUUUAGCGUGAGCUCAUACAUAAAGAUUGACAUGUGCUUUAUCAAACCAGAAAUCGGAUCUCGUCCUCACAGCCAAUAUUGAAGUUGCUAGGGAGGGCACAUUAGUGUAGAUCUACGUCUGGAAUAACAAUCAAGCCCCAGGUGAUGUAUGGUAACCAUUGUGGAAUUUACACGAGCCACCUCUUUGUCAAGUUCAACGUGAGAUACCUGGAAUGUCACGGUGGUGGAACCUAAGCAGCUGAUCCCGGGUUUCGAACAUGUGGAUGUAUCAAAUGUUUUGCAGCAGAAAAGGGGGAUCUUUAUGGCUCGCCUCUUGGCGAUUCUAAUCACUCAACCAUGGUGAAACUCGCGAACCCUCUGUACACGGAGUGGAUUCUGGAGGCGAUACAGAAGAUAAAGAGGCAGAAGCAGAGGCCCUCGGAGGAGAGGAUCUGCCAUGCGUUGGCCACGUCGCACGGCCUGGACAAGCGCACCGUGCUCGAGCAGUUGGAAUUAAGCGUGCAGGAUGGCUCCAUCCUCAAAGUCACCAACAAGGGGAGCGCGUCGUACAAGGACCCCGGCCCCCCCGGGCCCCCCGGGCCCCCCUGCCCCCCGGGGCGUGCCGCGCCCCAGCCGCCCGAAGACCCUCCGACCCCUCCACCACCGCCGCCGCCGCCCCCGCCCCCGCCACAGCCCAAAGGAUCUAUAUGGAAUUCUAGUGACCUGCGGCACAUCGAUUGGAAUAAAGUGAUUAGGAGGGCGCUCGAGGGCUUGGAUGAUACCCACGGCUCCUCGCUGAAGAGCAUCGAGAGGUACCUGAGGAACCAGGGCGACCUGGCGCCGGUCGCCGACAACCCUGCCUUCCAGCAGCGGUUGCGGCUGGCGGCCAAGAAGUCGGUCAACAACGGGCGUUUGCUGAAGAACGGCCCACGCUACAAGCUCACCCUCGGGACCGCCGAGGCCCGGGGCCUGAGGUUCGCGGGCGGCUCUCCGUUGGCGGUGUCGCCGUCGGUGACGCUGCUGCCGCACGAGAGAGACAAGGUGAGGCCAGCCUUGGCCCAACGCCACCGCCUCCUCCUCUGCCACCGCCGCCGCCACGCCAUUAUACACAUCAUCUUCACUCUGUUCUCUGCCGCUUUUUAAUCUCAAUCAUAGUAAAGCUUUGGCAGUGGGACUGAAUAAUCAUUUAAGUCUGGGUGAUAUAACAAUGAGUCUAUCCUGGGAGCCCAGGGCCAUUUGAAUAUGAUUCAUAGAGCGGUAGAAGGAAACGAGGCCUGAUGAAUCUGGCGAUUUUUCACAGGCAAGACAGUAAAGUGUAGGAGACUUGACUUGUGGUGUAGAAGAGUAGGGAACUAGGCUAUCGGUAUUGAGAAGUAGGAAACUAGGCUGAUUAAUGAGGAGUAGGAAACAAGGCUGAUAUUGAUCAGUAGAAAACUAGGCUGAUACUGAUAGUAUUGAAGAGUAUUAAACUAGGCUGAUAGAUUUGAAAAGUAGGAAACUAGUCAGAAUUUUGAAGUGUAGGAAACUGCUUGUAGUAUAGAAGAGUAGUAAACCAGGGAAAGUAUUAAAGAUUAGGAAACUAGGCUUAGUAUUGAGUAAGAAAGGCUUUAUUAUCGGAGAGUCUGAAACUAGGCUAAGGUUGAAGAGUAGGAAACUAUGCACUAUAUUGAAAAGUAGAAAACUACUCAAUAUUGAAAAUAAAUUAACAAGGCAGUUAUGAAGAGUAGAAAAUUAGGCUUAUAGUAUAAAGAGUAGAAACGGCUUAUUAUUGAAGUCGGAAAUUAGCCAGUAUCGAAGAGUAUGAAACUCUUAAUAGUAUUGAAAAGUAGGGAACUAGACUUGUAAUAUUGAAGCCUAGGUAACUAGGCAGUAUUAAAGAUAAUGUAACUGAAUUGAAGAGCAAGAACCUUGGCUUACAAGGUUAUGAUGAUAAUGGGUAACUAUGCUGGUGGAAUCGAAGAGUUGGAAACUAGGCUAAUAGUAUUGUAGGAAUCUAAACAGUAUUUUUGUGUAGGAAACUAGCAUUGUAGAGGAGUAAACUAGGUUCCUUCAGACUAUAUAAUUUUAAGACUGGGGAAAAAAUCGAGGCACUACUGAAUUAUAGAGAACUAGGCUGGUAGGAGUGAAGGUUAUGAAACUAAGCUUAUCGAAGUAUAGGAAAUGGGCCUGUUCGUGUUGGGAACUGAAGAGCAAGAAAUCAGGUUUAUAGUAUGGAAGAGAAGGAAGCUAAGUUUAUGGCUUCUUUCAUGGGGCACUGUAGGCCGUACCAUACCAUGCUGAUUUGCGUUUCCGCCACCAGUUUAAACACAUAGAGUCACGCCCGAGAUGGACGGUCUGAGGUUUGGCCAAAGUGAGCCUGACCCGCCCCCAAGUGGGCUGCACCCCAGGGUGCUGUUCGGAGCGAGAAACGGACUCUUAAAUAGUAGGAAUAUAGACCUAUUAAAAAUACAAUAA